CGUUGAGUACAGCGCGCGUCGCGUCACUACUCAAACACAAUCGGCGAUCGAAUAAAACUUUUUGUAACAGAAAACAAAUCGAACGUAUUUAAAAUUUGGAAAGUUUUUUUUCCUCAUAGUGCGUGAGUUAUAAGUUUAUUUUUUUUUUGGCCAGUGUUAUUUUUGCGGAAAUUUGUUUUUAUUAGUGAAGUGAUUUGUAUAGUGUGGAAUAUUAUUUAAGGCGAUUUUUAAUUGAGGUACUUGGGGUUUAAUGGUGUGACAUUGUUUGUGGUUAGCUUCAAAUCUUCAAGCAUCAGCGUUACGACGAUAUUCAGACCCGAGCAGUAUGUCAGUAGCAACCUGAAGGCGAGCGGGCGAUGCGCCGCGCGGCGGUUCGCGCGCGCGGUGCGACGCGCGUAAUAUGCGCUCACUGAACGAAACAGCGUGCCAGGCGCUGCUUGAAGACGUACGGUGGGACGAGCCCGUCAGCCUCGUCAGUUUAGCUAUACUCGCCCUUAUUGACGUGCUUGUGAUUGCUGGUAACUGCCUAGUGAUAGCGGCAGUGCUGUGCUCCUCCAAGCUGCGCAGUGUCACCAAUCUGUUCAUCGUGUCGCUCGCGGUCGCUGACCUUCUGGUCGGCGUCGCUGUACUGCCCUUCUCGGCCACUAGAGAAGUGUUUGAGGUAUGGAUCUUCGGCGACGUGUGGUGUUCAGUAUGGCUGGCAGUAGACGUCUGGAUGUGCACGGCGUCCAUCCUGAACCUCUGUGCCAUCUCCCUGGACCGCUACGUGGCCGUCACAAGACCCGUCAGUUACCCUAGCAUCAUGAGUAGAAAGAGGGCUAAGGCUCUUAUAGCUGGUCUCUGGGUGCUCUCUUUUGUCAUCUGUUUCCCGCCGCUGGUCGGUUGGAAGGAUAAAAAGCCUGAAGAAGCAGACAUAAAAGACGGUUGGGUGCCCAACCCCCCUUGCGAAUGGACCUGUGAGCUGACCAACGAUGCUGGCUACGUCGUCUACUCGGCUCUCGGUUCCUUCUAUAUCCCCAUGUUCGUGAUGCUGUUCUUCUAUUGGAGGAUAUACAAAGCCGCUGUUAGAACCACCAAAGCUAUUAAUCAGGGUUUUAGAACUACAAAAGCCUGCUCUCAAUUUGCAGGCAAAGGAAUGGGCAGUCGGUUCGAUGACAACCGACUGACGCUUCGGAUACAUCGAGGCAGAGGAUCCAAUCGACCUCACGGGUCUCCGUUGUCGAAUGCUUCCAAUCAUUCCACCAGCACCUCGCUUAGUGCUUCUCCGGAACGGUUAAGAAGACACUCAAGCGCACGACGAGCUCAUGAGAAGGUGAAAAUCUCCGUAUCAUAUCCCUCAUCAGAACAAAUAUGUCCAGCUCACGAGAACUCCAUGUCUUCAAGUAGAUCUCCCAGUCCAUCUUUAUACGCAGUCCAUUAUGAACGAGAUGGAAGAGAACUGACAGAAAGUAGACUAAGGGUUCGACCUUCACACCAUUUGGCUCCAGGACCCCUGUACGAUGAAUAUGAUGAUAAGCCAAGGACUACUAGGAGGAUGGGAAAGAGGAACAUUAAAGCUCAGGUAAAACGCUUCCGUAUGGAAACCAAAGCAGCCAAGACCCUCGGCAUCAUAGUCGGUGGCUUCGUGUUUUGCUGGCUCCCUUUCUUCAGCGUCUACGUCGUGAGGGCGUUCUGUGGGGACUGUGUCAGCCCCAUCGUCUUCUCCGUGCUGUUUUGGCUGGGAUACUGCAAUUCUGCCAUCAACCCCUUGAUUUAUGCGCUGUUCUCUAAGGACUUUAGAUUCGCAUUCAAACGCAUAAUAUGCAAGUGCUUCUGCGGCGGCGGUGGCCCUAGAAGAGAGUCGGACGGCGAAGGUUCUAGAAAGCAGAAUAAUAGGCCAACUCACUCCCACUCAUUGGAAGAACAUGACGCGAACAACCACACCUCCACCACGACCAGCACUAGUGCUGCAGACAGGUGACGGCGAGCAAUGCGACGGCAAAACCCGCAGUUCCAGUCAACCGUCGCAUGCGUUUAGUUAAAGACAACGUUAGCGUUUAAUAACUGAUAAAAUACCGUAACACAGUAUAUAAAUACCGUUUUUUAUCUGUAUAUUGUUACUAAACGCGUCCUACUGUAGAAGUCAUAAUUGUUAGCAUAAGUAAAUGUGUGUAAAAUUAUAUAACGUUGUAACGUCUAAAUAACUUGGUUAUUUUAUCGUUAUUUUGUAUAAAUAGCUUAAUAACGAGCUGUUUUAAAUAUUAUAACU